ACAAACUUCCUGCCUAUGCUGUAAACAAAUUCACGUGUUAAUGGAGAAAGAUUGGUACUUCACAAAUCAUAAUGGAAGAUAAUGAUAUUAAAAAAAGUCACAGGCCACGGCAUUCUGGAAGGAAGGCAGAAAAGAAGAAAAGCAAAAAUAAGCAUGAGCAAGAUCUUACUGCAAAACAGAGAAAUCCUCGUGCCUUUGCCAUCCAAAGUGUAAACAAGGCAGCAAAAUCUUUUCGAAGGACAGCAGAUAUAAAAGUAAAAAAGCAACAUAUCCCUAAGGUAGACAGAAGCCCAACAGAGCCCCCUCCUAUUGUUGUGGCCAUUGUUGGUCCCCCUAAAGUUGGCAAAAGUACUUUGUUAAGAUGUUUAGUCAAAAACUUUACCAAACAAAAAUUGACUAACGUUAAGGGACCUGUCACUGUUGUUGCUGGAAAAAAUCGCAGAUUAACCUUCAUUGAGUGCAAUAAUGAUAUAAACUGUAUGAUUGAUGUAGGAAAAAUUGCAGAUUUGGCACUUCUGAUGGUGGAUGCUAAGCAAGGGUUUGAAAUGGAGAUAUUUGAGUUCUUCAACAUUUGUCAAGCCACAGGUUUCCCUCGUUGUAUGGGCGUUCUUAACCAUCUAGAUAUGUACAAAGAUAGCAAAGCUGUCAGGAAACGCAAGAAGCAACUCAAAAACAGAUUCGAAGUGGAAUUGUACAAGGGUGCCAGGCUAUUUUAUCUCUCAAUGCUGGUCAAUGGUGAAUACUUGCAGAAUGAAAUUCACAAUCUCUGUAGGUUUAUCUCUGUCAUGAAAAUUACUCCCCUUGUGUGGAGGACCAAUCACCCAUAUGUUCUUGCUGACAGAAUGGAAGAUAUAACAAACCCAGAGACCAUCAGACAGAGGCCCAAGUGUGACAGAGUGGUCAGUUUGUAUGGGUACAUGAGAGGUACCAACAUGAAGUCCAAGUCUAUGGUACAUAUAGCAGGCUGUGGAGACUACAUUAUAAAGAGCAUGACCUUUUUGCCUGACCCUUGUCCCACACCUCAGAUGGAGAAGCGCCGGUCACUGAAUAAAAGGGAGAGGGUCAUCUAUGCCCCUAUGUCAGGUGUGGGAGGGAUAGUUUACGACAAGGAUGCAGUUUAUAUUGAGAUGGACAAGGCUGCAGGAGAGGAGGAAAAACCCACUGGGUUGAUGGCCGCCUUAAUGGACAGUUUGAAACCAGUCGAUGAGAAGGUUCGAGAGAGUCAGAUUUCUAUUUUUAAAGGAGGACCUGCCAUAUCUGGUUCUGAAUUUGAAAGGAAGAGGCAUGUUGACAAGGACAGCGAUGAAGAUGAUGACUCUGGUAUGGACACUGAUAGUGGUGAGGAUGAUGAUGAGGACGAUGAUGACAGUGAUAAUCAAAAGGAUGAUGUGGAUAACAAUGCAUCUGACAGUGAUGACACAUCCUCCGAUGAAGAAGAUGAAGAGACUGAUGAACCACCUAAAAAGAGAAAGAAAAUUGCGGAUGAUAAUUCUGUAGAGAUGGCCAGUGCUGAUGAUGACAGUGAUGAUAACACCUCAGAUGAAGAACAGAGUAUGUUGAAAUGGAAGAAAAAUUUAUUUGCUAAAGCAUCAAUGAAACAAAGCAGAAGGAAAAAUUAUUUUAAAAUAGUUUACGGAGAAGAUGCAGUUGAUUUAGACGAGGAUAAGAAAGAUGAAGCUGAUGAAGAGUUGGGUGGUUUGUUCAAAAUUCUCAAGACACACAGCAGUGACUCCCAGGCAGACAGACACCAUGUAAAUAAACUGGAUUGCAAUCAUGUUGCAGCAAGAGAUGACUGGGAUUUUGAAGAGCUUUCUGAAGAGAUCAGGGAUACUUUUGUGACUGGCAAAUGGGAUCCCAGCGAAGAUGCUAAAAAUAGGCUAGAGGAAGACGAUGCUUUGUUUGGAGAUUUUGAAGAUUUAGAAACAGGAGAAAAGUUUCAGUCUGAUAAAAAAGGUGUAGAUGCAGACGCAAGUGAUGCUGAAGGGUCAGACAUUGAAAUGGAGUCCAAGAAGGGAUCUGAUGAAGAGACAGAAGAGCAACCUGAAGUUGUUAAAGAGAAAACUAAAGCUGAGAUGACAGCGCAGGAAAGGCGAAUGCACAAGAAGAGAAAAAUCAAAGAAAUGUUUGACAAGGAAUAUGAUUCUAAGGGAGAUAAUGACUUCUAUGACUCUUGGAAGCAGGAGGCUGAUGAUCAGGCUAAGAUGAACAAGUCUGAGUUUGAAGAGCUACCAGAUGAACAGAGAGUCCAGUUUGAGGGUUUCCGUCCUGGCAUGUAUGUGCGUAUAGAGUUUGAGCAGAUGCCGUGUGAGCUGAUUGAGAACUUUGACCCCACGUAUCCCAUAAUUAUUGGGGGCAUCACAGAUGUGGAGGAGAAGUUGGGAUACAACAAUGUGCGCAUUAAAAAACACAGGUGGUACAAAAAAAUUCUAAAGACGAGAAAUCCUUUGAUUAUCUCACUGGGGUGGCGUCGCUUCCAGACAAUACCAUUCUAUUACAAGCUAGAAGAUAACAUGAGGAGACGUAUGCUCAAGUACACACCUGAGCACAUUCAUUGCCAUGCUGCUUUUUGGGGUCCCAUUACACCCCAGGGUACUGGAUUUCUCGCUGUUGAGUCAGUGUCAGAGAAAAAUCCAAAUUUUCGAAUAGCUGCAACAGGAGUUGUUCUAGAGCUGGACCAGUCUGUGGAAAUAGAUAAGAAACUCAAGCUGGUUGGUACUCCCCUCAAAGUCUUCAAGAAAUCUGCAUUUAUUCAGAACAUGUUUACAACUGGGCUGGAAGUUGCCAAGUUUCAAGGUGCUCGCAUACAGACAGUCAGUGGUUUGAGAGGGCAGGUGAAAAAAGCUCUGCAUUCCCCACCUGGUGCUUUCAGGGCAACAUUUGAAGACAAAAUACGAAUGAGUGAUAUAGUUUUCUUAAAAGCCUGGGUGAAGGUUGAGAUUCCCAAAUUUAUCAUGCCAGUGACGUCACUUCUCCUGGCACACCAAGACAAACAAUUGUGGAAUGGGAUGAGGACUAUAGGACACUUAAGGCAUGAGAGGGGACUACCAGUGCCACAGAAUGCUGACUCUCUUUACAAGCCCAUUGUACGAUCACAACGAGAGAGGAAGCCAUUAGUCAUUCCCAAAGACCUUAUCAAACGACUGCCAUUCAAGGACACCCCUAAAAAUCUUGUUCAACCCAAAGAGCCCAAGCGUAUAGCUGUUGUGAUGGAGCCUGCCGAGGCAAAGAUUGCCAACUUCCUGAAACGGGUGAAAGCCAUCCACAAUGACAAAGCAACCCAGGACCACAGGGCCAUGAGGCAAAGGGCCAAGGAGCACCAGAAGAAGAAGGAGGCUGAGGAGGCAGUCAAGCAGUCCAAACUUAAGGAGGCCAAGAAGAGGCUACACAAAAUUCUGGGGGAGAUGAAGAAGAAGAAAGAAGGGAAGAAUGAUAGUUGAUGUAAAUAGUUGUUUUUGUGUGGUUGUUUGGGUGGUGUGGAUGAGUGUGCCUGCGACUGUGUCUCUCUCGUUAUGUGAGUGCUUUUUGCAAGAGUGAUUCAUUGGCAUUUUUGAUGAUUGAUAUUGUCAAGCUGAGAAUUUGUGAAAAAUGUUGGUUAAAAAUGGGAUUUAUUCUGUUAAUUUGUCUGUAUUAUAU